AUGCCCCUAUUUCUGAUCGGUUUACACGGGAAUCUUUGGUAUUAUGACUUUUUCGCUUGGUUUUGUGUGGGAUGGUAUACAGGGCAGAACGGGAUCACCUUAAAGGUGACAGAUGGACAUCGGACGAUCGAUGCCACACUCCCGCCUGACGAGGAUGGAAAAUUCAUACUGCAACUGCCAGAGGGGGCGAGGCUGCUCCCCGAUGGCACGAUUUUCGCGCCGGACCUUGUCAACCAACACUUUGCCCAGGAGCUAGCGAAUCAGCAGCAGGAACAACCCGAAACUUCACAGGGAAAUGGGCAAUAUUAUGAGCAGACAGUGCACAUUGACCACCAACCGGAAACGGAAACGCAAGCGGUCGCCUCCCAACCGGAGUACCCAACUGAAGAAUAUGUGGCGCAAACUUCUACAGCGCCACAGGUGUAUGCCGGUGAAGACGAGGGUGGCGAGCAAGUGAUGUAUGUCAACCCGCGGCAAUAUGACAGGAUUAUAAAACGACGGGAGAUGAGGUGUCGUUUGGAAAAAGCUGGUCGGAUACCCCCGAUUGGAGCAAAGAGACAGGAAUACCUACAUGAAUCCCGACAUCGUCAUGCCUUAAAUCGGACGAGGAGUGAUGGAGGACGGUUCUAUCAAUUAAGUGGGGAGACGAAUCGAAAAAGAAACAACGAAAAGAAAACAAACGUCACAAACACCGAAAAUCCAGCCCAACCGGGGUAUGUCACCAUGGACGCCGCUGAAUAUACACAACAAUCCUAUUUCCUUACACCCAACCAAGAACCCCAGCCGGUACGCACGACAUUUGUCCAUCAAAAUGUCGUUUAUAAGGGCAAGACCAAAUUGCCGAUUCCAAUGCGGACACAGCCCGACAAUGGACAAUUAUCAACCACU